CGGGUUUAGAUUUUAGAAGCAACGAAUCCUUUGUCGGUUCGGAACAACGUUGUUCAUGCUCUAAAACCCUCCCCAUGAAGGAGGCGGCGGGAAGAGCAACCACAGCAGAAUCCAUGGAAGAACCAAAACAGAACCACCGCGACCGCGACUGCGACCGCGACCGGCAAGAAACGGAAGACACAGGAGGCUUCACAGCCGCCUCCGACAUAUGCCAACAACUCCUGCAACGUUACGGCAAGUCCUCCGCCCCUCAGCACCGCCACAUCUGCGCCACCGCCGCCGCAACCCGCUCCAUCAUCGAGUCGGAAUCUCUCCCUCUCGUCCCUCUCUCUUACUUCGCCGCCGCCAUCAACGCCAUCGAAGCUUCCCAGCCGCUGGACACCGACGCCGUCUCCGCCCUCUUGUCGUUCCUCGCCAUUGUUCUUCCGCUCGUUCCCGAGAAGUCGAUUUUGCCUUCCAAGGCGGCGGAUGCGAUGGGCAUUCUCGUUGGGUUGGAGGACCGGGGUGUGGAGGCGACGGCCACUGCCAGGGCUGUGGUCAAUUGCUUGGGGUCUUUGCUGGGGUUUUACGAUUUGGAGAACUGGAACUCGGUUAAAUUGGGGCUUGAGUCACUUCUCAAAUUCUCAACUGAUAGGCGUCCGAAGGUAAGGAAAUGUGCUCAAGAUUGGGUUCUCAAGGUAUUUAAGUUAUUUGAAUCAACCACUGUUAUAAAGGAGGCAAGUAAAUUAGUACUAUCAUUGCUCAAAGGCCACAUGAGACUGGCAGUGGAGAAAAGUGCUUUAGCAGCUACAGGUUUAGCUAAAAAUGUGACAGUCUCAAAACCUGAGCACCUAGAGGUCAUCCACAUGCUUACUCUGCUGAAACAUAUAGUUCCAUAUCUCUCUGUCAAAGUCACUUUGAAAGUGCUUUCACUACUGCAUAAACACAUGAGUGCCCACUUCUCAUCAUUGACGAGACAGACUCUCGGUGUUAUUGAAGUGAUUCUUGAAACUGCAAAACCUGAUAUUAUAAUUCUGGAGGCAGAGAAUAUUGUAAAAUGCAUCACAAGCUAUGUAUGUUCAGGAACAAAGAACCCCAAUGACACUAUUUUAUCUGCUGCUAACUUGCUCAGGCACACUCUUGACAAACUUCAAACUGUUGGAGUGAGCCAAUGGACGUCCAAUGUUCUGUUGGUGUUUGGCUGUAUAGCAGGUCUUUUGACUUCUGAGGAGAGUAUUGCUUCCCCAGCUUCAGAUAUUUUAAAAGAGUUGAUUAACUUCCAUAUUAGAAGAGACCUUUUAACCAUUGAUAAUGAGCCAGUCAAUGAUGAAGUUGAGUCCACCAUGGAAUCAAGUGCAGUAAAAUCUGCAUGCUCUAUAAUUGAAAAUGUGCUCGGCAGCUGUGGAAGAAUUCCAAAUGUGCAUAUUUUGGCAGUCAUAUCUGUUUUAUUCCAUAAACUUGGUGAUAUCUCUUAUUUCUUUAUGAAGGAUACAAUACUUAAACUUGCUGACAUAAUCACCCUUGCUUGUCGAAAUAAGUCCAACACAGAACAUCUUCAGAAAUGUAUUGGGUCUGCUGUUAUGGCAAUAGGGCCAGAGAAGAUACUUACCCUUUUACCCAUCAACCCUGAUGGUGAAGAUCUCUCCAGUUCAAAUGUGUGGUUGAUACCUAUUUUAAGGAAUUAUGUUGUUGGGUCCUCCUUGCGGUUUUUUAUGGAUCACAUUGUGCCUCUUGCAGAAUCCUUUGAGCACGGUCAUGCCUCAGUUAAGCAGUCCACGGUUCGAGAAGAUUUGCAGGCUUAUGCCCACAGCUGUUGGGGAUUAUUACCUGCCUUCUGUCGCCAUCCAAAUGAUACUUACAAAAAUAUUGGAUCUUUAACUAAACUUUUAAUUACUUUCCUCACAAAGGACUCAUUUAUGCUUGAGAACAUAGCUAUUGCUUUGCAGGAACUUGUGAAUGAAAAUAAAAAUGCACUUAGAUCUGAUGAUGAUGCUGUUUCCUGUGCUUCAUUUACAAAGACCUCUGAAGUAAAUGAAUCUUCUAUGAAGUUCGAAAUGAAACUUGCUUAUUCAAAGAAAAUUGCAAGCAGAAACAUGAGGGCUCUUGCUUCGUGCUCUGAGGAGUUGCUUCAUGCUUUAGUAGACAUCUUCUUUGCUUCACCUCCAGAAAAGCGCGCCUGUUUGAAGGAUGCUAUCAGAUGCUUGGCAUCCAUCUCUGAUUCUUCCGUCACCAGAAGGAUUUUCACGUCAUUCCUGGAAAGAUUUCCACUCACAAAUGAUUUAGGUAAAUUCGGAAAGCUGGAGAGUGAUACCAAAUUUUCAGCUGAUCUAGAACAGGGCAACACUGCUAGCAGAAAGGACGCAAACAGGUGGCUGACAGUCGAACUAGCUUCUUGUCUUCUUGAAGGGGCAAGUGAGGAUCUCGUUUCUUCAAUUUUUGACUUAGUUAAACAAACUUUGCAGGAAAGUGAGAAGAUUGGUCAGACUGAAGCAUACCACACCUUGAGCAGAAUUUUAGAGGAACAUUCUUGGUUUUGUUUUCCACAUGUCAGUGAGCUGGUGGAUUUUCUCAUUGGUUUGAAAUCUCCAGCUAACAUAGCAAUGCUUAGAAGUCGACUUGCUUGCUUCCAGAUAUUGUUGGCUCACACAGUAGAGAGAAAUUUGGAGGAUGGAAAUUCGAAGGUGUUUCAUGUACUCAAUGAGAUUAUACUUAUAAUAAAAGAUUCUACAGAAGAAGCUAGAAAAGCAGCUUAUGAAAUGCUCAUUAGCAUUAAGUCCAGAUUGCAAAGAUCAUCACCAGCUAAUUUUUAUGUACCUUAUCAAAAACUUAUCAACAUGAUAAUGGGCUAUCUUUCUGGGACCUCGCCUCACAUAACGAGUGGAGCUGUGUCUAUGCUUUCUGUACUUGUAUACAAUGAUGCUCAAAUUUGUGUUUUGGUACCUGAUCUAGUCCCAUCUGUUCUAGCUUUACUGCAAACUAAAGCUGUGGAAGUUAUUAAAAGUGUUUUGGGCUUUCUGAAAGUACUAGUGUCAUGUCAUCAAGCAAAGGACAUACUGAAUCUUCUGCCUGAUAUUUGCAGUGGAGUUCUGCCCUGGUCAUUGGUCUCCCGCCAUCACUUCAGAUCAAAGGUCAGUGUCAUCCUGGAGAUCAUGAUCCGGAAAUGUGGUUCCUUGGCAGUUGAGUCAGUUACACCUGAAAAGCAUAGGAAUUUUGUGAAGAGCAUUUUGCAGACUCGCCAUGGAAAAACAAGUUCCAAGGAGAAUGGCCCUGCCGGUGCAGAUAGAGAAAUUUCGGAGUUCUCUAACAGGGGGAGGCAACUGAAGAGGAAACACAAGGAUUUGGGAAUUGCCCCUGAGCAAAAUGGUAAAGCAACGCUCACAAAUAGGAAGACGGAUAAUAUUAUGGUGAAAAAAGCUGGCAAUUUUAAUCAUGAUGGACUGAAUCAGAGUCAGUCACGGGGAAGUGCAAGAAACAAAAGGAAAUAUAACAGGGAUCCUGCAGCGAGUGGAGACGGACAGGUAAAGAAGACACAGCUAAGCAAAAAUUUGGGACUGGCUAGCCGAAGACCUAAAAAUAAAAAGGUGGCAAGGAAACAACAGAGAAACCAAAGAACAUGCGCGGAAUAGCCACUUGGUAUAUGUCUUGGGAAACUGAAAGGAUCAAGGUUUUCUUCCGCAGAAACAAGCUGGAAAUCAGUUGUUUCCUUUUAAGGGGCACGUGAAUUUCUCUCGUCGGAUGUGCCAUGGUUGACAUAUCUCUUAAGUAAAAGCAAGACGGCUGUCUCAAAUUUUACUUGGCAUGUAAGUUGUAAUGUGGAUAUCGUAAGGUCUUUUGUUGUUUUGGGCAAAAGGCCAAAGGUUUUUGUCGAUCUUGAUAGAUAUUUGAGGGAUUAGUCUGAGUAAAUUUCAGAAAAGAUUUAACCAACAUUAUAUGCGAAAAUAUCAUCCUACAGUUCAUGUUCUGAUUCAUGUACCGUCAACAUGAUAUCUGCUUUUGUUAACUAUGAGAUGUAGCAUGCGAGCUAGAAAGCCAUUUUUGGUUAUUUGAGAUGAUAGCUUUGAGCAA